AAUCACUGUAUUCCUUUAGUUCUCAUUACUACAGGCCCUCUUGUGAUUCCUACGUAAUUGAUGGAAAACUGUUCAGAAGUGACACAGUUCAUUUUGCUGGGACUAACCGAUGCCCCAGAACUACAGGUCUCCCUCUUCGUCAUUUUCACUCUCAUUUACCUCAUCAAUGUGGUUGGGAACCUAGGAAUGAUUGUGUUGAUUCUCUUGGACUCUCAACUCCACACACCCAUGUAUUUUUUUCUCAGUAACCUGUCUCUGGUGGAUUUUGGAUACUCCUCAGCUGUCACUCCCAAAGUGAUGACUGGGCUCCUCAUAGGAGACAAGGUCAUUUCCUACAACGCUUGUGCCACACAGAUGUUCUUUUUCGUAGCCUUUGCCACAGUGGAAAAUUACCUCUUGGCAUCAAUGGCCUUUGACCGCUAUGCAGCAGUGUGUAAACCCCUACAUUACACUGCCACCAUGACAACAAAUGUGUGUGCUCAUCUGGCCAUAGGCUCCUACAUUUGUGGUUUCAUGAAUUCUGUUUUCCACAUUGGAGAUAUAUUCAGUCUCUCCUUCGGUACAUCCAAUGUGGUGCAUCACUUUUUCUGUGAUGUGCCAGCAGUCAUGGCUCUUUCUUGCUCUGAUAAAUAUAUUAGUGAAGUGAUUCUGGUUUUUAUGUCAAGCUUCAAUGUAUUUUGUGCUCUUCUGGUUAUCCUGAUAUCUCACAUGUUCAUAUUUAUCACAAUCUUGAAGAUGCGCUCAACUAAGGGACACCAAAAGGCUUUGUCCACCUGUGCUUCCCACCUCACUGCAGUCUCCAUCUUCUAUGGAACUGUCAUCUUCAUGUACUUACAGCCCAGCUCCAGUCACUCCAUGGACACAGACAAAAUGGCAUCUGUGUUCUAUGCUAUGGUCAUCCCCAUGCUGAACCCUGUGGUCUACACUCUGAGGAACAAGGAAGUGAAGAGUGCAUUCAAGAAAAUGGUUAAGAAGGCAAAAUUUUCCUUAAGAAUGGGAUUUUAGAAUUGUAGUAUAUACAAUAAUUGUGUUUGAAACAUUCUGAGCUUCUUCAUGCAAUGAGUUACAUUUAAAGUCUAUAAGCAUUUAAAUUUCAGAGGGAAUACCCUCAAAUUUUCAGAUGUCUUUUGUGUAGUUAAAAAAAAGGUACACUCAGAAAUAUAAUACCUGAAAGGAAAACAAAGAGGAAUGGUUGCACUUCCUGGAACUUGUUUGUCAAAUGUUAGUAAUGACAUUUUAUUUAAUCACUGCUCCACUUCUGUUUUCUCUACUACAUUUCAAUGCAAGCAUGUGUGUUAAGUAGGGGGACAAGUCCGUGAACAAGGCAUUUGUGGUGCCCCUGUUACUAGACAUUUGAAGUGAGAUGUUUAUCAAGAGUAAAUGAGUAUGGA